AUGUCCGAGAUCACUCACCCCACUAUCAAGGAUGGCUGGUUCUCCGAGCAGUCCGGCAUGUGGCCUGGUCAGGCCAUGAACCUCAAGGUCAACCAGAUCCUGCACCACGAGAAGUCCAAGUACCAGGAUGUCCUCAUCUUCGAGAGCAGUGACUACGGCACUGUCCUCGUCCUGGACAAUGUCAUCCAGUGCACUGAGCGGGAUGAGUUCUCCUACCAGGAGAUGAUCACCCACCUCGCCAUGAACUCUCACCCCAACCCCAAGAAGGUCCUGGUCAUCGGUGGUGGAGAUGGCGGUGUCCUCCGUGAGGUCGUCAAGCACGAGACCGUCGAGGAGGCCAUCCUGUGCGAUAUCGAUGAGGCCGUCAUCCGUCUCUCUAAGAAGUACCUCCCCGGCAUGAGCAUCGGCUUCCAGCACCCCAACGUCAAGACCCACGUCGGCGAUGGCUUCGAGUUCCUCAAGACCCACCAGAACGAGUUCGACGUCAUCAUCACUGACAGCUCCGACCCUGAGGGUCCUGCUGAGAGCCUCUUCCAGAAGCCCUACUUUGAGCUCCUGCGCGAUGCGCUCCGUGAGGGAGGUGUCAUCACCACACAAGGUUCCGAGAACCAAUGGCUGCACCUUUCUCUGAUCACCGACCUCAAGAAGGCCUGCAAGGAGGUCUUCCCCGUCGCCGAAUACGCCUACACCACCAUCCCCACCUACCCCUCCGGCCAGAUUGGCUUCAUGGUCUGCUGCAAGGACGCCACCCGCAACGUUCGCGAGCCCGUCCGCAAGUGGUCUGCCGAGGAGGAGGAGCGUCUCUGCCGCUACUACAACCAGGAUAUCCACCGGGCUAGCUUCGUUCUCCCCAACUUUGCCCGUAAGGCUCUGAACAACUAG